AUGUUGUCUGUCAAACAUGUUGAUACUGCAGCACUGACAUCUGUUUUAGUCAUGAAUCUCCGAUUGGAUGAUCAUGAGAGUCCUGUCAUGACAAAAGUUUUCAUGUUUGAUUCUCUAGCAGUCGACACAUCUUUAAUUGGUCAUCCUGUAUCUAAGAGAAUUGUUCUGGACCCCCAUCCAGAUCUAGAUGAUUAUGUAGACACAUUUGCUUAUUGUUUUCACGAUUGGUGCUAUUCAGUUUUGAGUUGGAAAACAAAGCAAAAUAGUGCCAAAUUUUUGUUUGAAUUGGGUAGAAGCCUCAAUAUUUCGACUGUUUGGGAGAAACCUGCUGAAUGGAACGGUCCACUCUACCCACAAAUCGACACUGAUGCCUUACUAUCUAAAGCUGACGAUGGAUCCGCAAGGCUUCAGCCAUUAUUUCUCUCAAGACUCCCUGCUGAACUACGUUCUCGAAUUUGGAGUUAUGUUGGAUCCGAAGCAGCUUAUUCUGCAUUUUUGUUAGUGGUUGGGGAGACAUCGCAUUUAGCACAGCAGAUCUCACAACCAACUACACAGCUACUCCCUAUCGAAUCAAAUUGUUAUGUUAGAGCAGAUUUUAAUGAAGUUUACGGCACAGAAUACAUCCGAGACCUAGCCCAAGAUACGACAUCCAGUGGUGGAAUUGAGAUUCUACAAACCGUGACCGAGAUCGAUAUUGUUUUCAGUGUAUACGGCAUCUGCGCCAUCAGAUUUUCGGGAUCUAGUUGGACGUCUGAGUGGCUGGGCAGGAUCCCUCAAACUGGCCGUUCCUGGUACGGCACAAUCCAGGUAGACAACACCAACUUAUUGGUAUACUCCCAUAAUGGGUUGUGUGUAUCCAACAUAGUAGAUUCAUUUAAAUCAAACAGAGUUCAGGUCGUGUGGGAUCAGCCAAACUAUCCUCCGGCAAUGUUUGAUGCCGAUGCCGCGUUGUUCUCGCUGCAUGAACCUGAGCAAUUGUAUCGAAAGCGACUGCCAGAACUGGGAUUUUUUAGCUUUAUUUCAUUGACCAGUCAUGGAGAAUAUAUCUCCGGGCUCACCAUGUAUUUCAUGUCUCAGUGUAUCGUGGGUAUCGAAUCACAUUUCUCAUCAGGCUCACACUUCGUAGGCAGUCGUGGUGAAGUAGCAGUACAUAUGUCACUCGCCCCAGGUGAACUUAUUAGCGACGUUUGGUUACGUCUCUACGUGGACUUGCCUGUUGAAUCUGUUCCCGCCGUAUUGAUACAAACGACGUUAGGAAGGGAGUGCACCUUUGGCCCAUAUGUCACCCCAGAUAAUUAUGAUCAGUAUCACUGGGCUAUGCUGCAAUAUGACGGCCGCAUCAGUGGAUUUUAUCACGAAAACGCGCCUGGAAUAAAGAGAAUAGGUGUCAUUGGCGACGACAAGAAAAUGUCAAGAGCUGAAAUCCAGCUUCCACGAUAUGAGACUCGUGUCCCGCUAAGGCUUGAUGUUCUUGGUGCCCGGGAGUUUGACCAUUGCGUUUGUAUUCGAUUCUGCAAACAGACGAGGCUCAGUCAUUUGGGCUUAUUAAGUGCGAAAGGCUCACAAUAA